AUGUUUCCACAAAGAGGCUUCGAAAAAUCCGACCCCUCUUCCCCAAGCCAACGUCAAUUUGAAGAGUCAGAGGAAGGUAGAUCAGGUUAUGGAAUCCCCCCCAACCCAACUAUGAUAAACCUCAGUGGUAACCAAGAACUACGACCAAACUUCAUGCAACAACUUGGACUAAACAACAGAAAUGUAUCGCAGUUUUUAGUAAACAUGUUCGUCUACGUUGUUGCUAUAUUAAUUAGUUUAAAAAUAUGGGACUACAUGUCUUACAGCAAGUGUGAUUAUUACAAAGAUUUAUUAUUAAGAAUUGUAAGAUACCAAUCACAUAUGAAUGAUGGUAAGGUUGUGUAA